GAUGGGUGUGGGAAUGGCCGAAUUCCUGGAGAAGAAGGUGUCUUGCAUGAAGGAAUGGGACAAGUACUGUCAUUAUGUGGCGGGUCUGGUGGGGAUCGGUCUGUCCCGUCUGUUCUCCGCGUCCCAGCUGGAGGAUGCUGAGGUGGGCCGGGACACGGAGCUGGCGAACUCCAUGGGUCUGUUCCUCCAGAAGACCAACAUCAUCAGGGACUAUCUGGAGGACCAGCAGGAGGGAAGGGCUUUCUGGCCACAGGAGGUACAAGCCUUUAACCCUGCUCUCGUCCCGUUCCUGAUGCGCUUCCAUGACCGUGUUGUAAAUUUGCAGUAAAAAAUGGCAGCUUUGGUUUCCGAAACUUUACCAAAUA